AUGAAAUACACUUUCUUUACUCUUAUCAUUGGUAUAGUCUCGAGCCUAGCGCUUAGCUUAGCUUGGAUGCCGGUUAUCGAAGCCUCUAACGAAGCUUCAACUACUAAUGAAAUUCAAAGAUUAUCAUCAGCCAUUAAAAACACCACUACAUCUACUACUCCAUCCACCGAAACAAUUACCACUAUUACUACUGCGGAUUCAAAUAAUGCAGCAACUUCUGCAACAUCAAUCAUUAAUUCAUCUAACAACACAAAAGCAUUUGAUACCACAGCAAAAUCAUCAACAGAAUAUGAUCAUAAAAAUGCUGCUGGAUCAUCCAAUUGUGUCGUAAAAACUGGUGAAGUAUGGCCUAACAAUAGCAGUUCAACUUAUCCGUUUGGUCCUUAUCCUCCAAAAUCAGCAAAAACUUACGAAGAACAUUCUUUGGACCCUGCUCUUUUUAAUGAUCCUUCAAUGAAAUUAACUCCUGCAGCAGCAGCAGCUGCUGCUACCACAACUGCUACUCCAGCGAACUAUUAUGGCCAAUCCCCAAUCGGUUUAGCUCAACAUGAACCUGUUAAUUAUGCAAUGGAUAAACCACAAACCUCAUCUCCAAAUGUACCCUCCCCUCAAGAUAUGAUGACUACUUUUAAUUCAAAAACUAUUUCAUCAACUCCUAAAAGAUAUAAAUGUGAAGUUUGUCAAAAGAGAUUCACGAGACCAAGUUCUCUACAAACUCAUAUGUAUAGUCAUACUGGUGAAAAACUGGAUGGAUGUGGACGUCAUUUUUCUGUUGUCAGUAAUCUUCGUCGUCACCAAAAGAUUCAUGGAAAUAAUAAUAAUGAUGGUGAUUCAUCACCAAAUGUGACCAAUGUGACACCUUCUACAAUUUAA